AUGUCGAAAGUUGCAUCCUCCCCACUCCCGGCACUCCGGCGGUCAAAAGUCGCCGAAUUUCGCCUCCUGGAGUGUGACGAAACAGAUCAAACGGACAUGUGCGACCUCGAACAUGGCAUUCGCCGCGCGAACCCAAAGGAAGGAAGCGUUUUCUAUAUUUACAAAUGGGGAGCCGACUUCACCUAUGAUGAUGACUUUGUCAAUGUCUGGAGCCAUGGCCGACUGCUUGUCUCUGUCAGACGUCUCGGAAAUGGUGAUGGCCGGGUAAUCAGUGGAACCACAGAUAUCCACAACAUCCUGUCGACCAUCAACAAGCAAGAGAGAUUUCGUGGAAACGCAAAUGAAUUCAAAAUAUUUCCCAAUUUCUCCGGGAUCAUGACUUUCAUUUCACCGAGCGAGCCUGAGAUCGACCUCGAGUGGGUUGUUUGGGUGGAUGAGGUCUACAACCAGUCCUGGAGCGGCGCCUCAAGAGGCGACAAGCAUGUGAUUAUUGCACGAGAGUAA